ACAAUUGCUAUCGCAAAGGCGCAUGCGCAAGACUUCACUUGUUCGCUCGCAGCAGUAGCUUCUUCAAAAAUACAGCUCUACUACUUUGAUUGGAGUUUGUUCUUCUACGUAGUCGUGGACCCACACCUAACCUAACUACAACUAGUAGUAGUACCUCUUUUAUAGUCAUCAAAGAACAGCAACGCAACAUAGCAAUAAAAAUGUCCUCCAGACCAGCAUCCUCCUCACCAGCAUCUACCGACGUUCACCGGCUUCUCCGCAAGAAGGAUGAGCAGGUGCCUUGGUCUGUACAGGAAGUUGCAGAUAUUGCGGACAGGUUUGGUACCCCGCUGCACGUCUACGAUGAGACAACGAUUCGAGGACAGUGUGGCAAGCUAAAAGCCACGUUCGGUGGGCUGAAUAAAACGUCCUACAUGAACUAUUUCGCAGUAAAGGCGACGCCGACGCCAGCAAUAUUGAAACUGAUGAAGUUAUGAAAAUCUUGUUCGUGAUGAGGACUGUGACCGUGUACUUACGUAUUCAGACCAUGCGCUAAUUGCAUACAACAAGUGCAUGAGAAAAAUUAAAUGAAGGACACCAACGCAAUUUUUAGUACUUACAACAUGCUCUUGAUAAAGAGAGACUAGGCACAAUCAUCAUCAUGACCAUUACACUACUGCUCCUACUCCUUCCAGUCUUUGUUUCUGCCUGGAGGAAGGAAAGUUGCCACCUUUCUGCCUCUCACUUUCUGCCCCGUUUCUCCCUGGGAGGAAGGGCCCCACCUUCGUCGUGUCAACGAACCGAGCCCAACGAGCUAACAAGACUCAACUCGACGUCGACCCGACUCAACUGAAGCCAACUUAGGCCCCCUCAACUGAACGCAGCGCAACUUAAGCCAAAUUAACUGAACCCAACCCACCCAGCCCAAUGGACGACUGAACUCAAGUCAACUCAACGGAACCCAACUCAAACAACGGAACCCAACCCAGUGCAGCCUCCUCGGACUUAAGCCAGCCACACUCUCUCAAGUUCGUGCGCCCAGCUCUACCGGAUACAAUUCAACCUGAGCCCCACGCAAGUUAACCAAACUCCAACGCAACUCAACCAGACACCAUCGUAGUCGGCCACUCCGUGAGCUCCUUAGCCGUGCUAACCAUUGCAGAAAGUGGAGCCUAGUGCAGUCCCGGAUUCAAACUGCCCUAGGGUGUGCAAAAAAAGCCCCUGUAAUGUUGUAGGGCCCCUGUCGCCGGCCCUACCCUCCUCCUCCUCCUCCUCCUCUAACAUCCGCAGAAGGCUUUGGAGCGGAUUGUAGUUCGAUGGCUGAACUACUAUUGGCAGAACGAUGUGGCUUCCAAGGUGAGGAGAUUAUGUUCACGUCCAAUAACACGCCGUCUGCGGAAUUCAAGCAAGCCAUGGAUCUUGGAGCCAUUGUGAACUUCGACGACAUCACGCAUUUGGAGUUUUUGGAGAAAGAAGUACUUUUAUCUAUUUUUUAGAGUUAUUUUGGAAAUAUGAAGUUGUACUAGUACUGUUCGUUGGAAAGAAAACCAAGAAACUGCAAAAUAAACAUAUCCGCCAACUCACAGAUUGCACUUUGGAACAAAGAAUCUCCUAAGAAGUACUCCUUUCCGGAGUUGGUGUCCUUCCGUUUCAAUCCUGGGCCUUUGCGCACGGGCAAUGCCAUCAUUGGAGACCCGAAAGAAGCUAAGUAUGUUAUGAAUGGUGGUCGUAGAUGAAUCUCUUUGUAGAAGCGACCUAGCUACGCAAUAGUACGAGUUGUACUGGUAGUUGUAUUUGUAUAGUUGAAUGGUACUAGUAGUUCUUGACUACAUAAAAAUUAAGCCAUGCCGAUGCCCAAGGAGUCUCCCUAUCACAAGAAAUAGCCGCGUUUUAUCAGUUCUUUGAGGACUUGACGUUUUUCAACAUCUUCCACUACUUCUAAUCAAUGCCUCUCCCGCAAGCAGUUGCUACAGGCAUAUGCCUAUGCGCGUGACACAUGCGGCGCCUCGCGGUUUGGAUUGCACACUAUGGUGGUUUCGAAUUGCCUCAAAGCGGAGGAGCUGGUGCAGACAGCGCAUAUGCUGUUCGAGCUUUGCUUGGAGAUCAAAACUGAACUUGGGAUUGACAUUGAAAUGAUAAAUUUGGGUGGUGGAGUCGGAAUCCAAUACGAUCCGCGUGACGGUUCGGACCUAGAUCUGGCGAGAGUGAGGACAGGACUCGAGAAAGCUUAUCAGGAAUGGAACGUAUUUGUUUCUACGUUGGUUGUUUCUAUCUCUUCAUCUAAUUGUCAUGAUUGUCUUUCUCGUCUUUAGAAGGUAUAGACUACUGUGGUGGAAGACCCGCGAGUGGCUCCCUCUAAGUGAUGACUGUCUCAGUCUCGAGAUAUUUAUAAUAGACUAAUUUUUUAGACCCGCAAAGGCAAAUGCUAGUGGUACAACUACGAAUACUACGUUUUAUGUUGAUCAUAGUAGACUCCUGACGUCCUCCAUCAAACUCAAACUCAGACCCGUUCGAGCGGCUUGCUCUCGAGUACCCGCAUUGUGACAGAGUGUGGUCGCUUUGUGACAGCACCAGGUGGCUACCUCCUCGCUCGCAUGAUGUUAUGAUGGGAAGCGACAGUGUUGAGAGUAAGUACGUCGUAAUUAUUAGACCAGAACACUUGAUGAUGAAGAUGUAAUGCCUUGCUUUAGAAGUUGGAGACGAAGGGUCUAGCUGGUUGUUGGAGAUGAGGGGCAGAGCAUUUAGUUCUACUACUAGAUGCUCUUCAGACAGCAUGGAGAUGAAGAUGAGUGGUCGUGUAGUUGAGCAAGUAAGUAACAUUAAAACAGCAUGCGCAUGGUCGUGUACUGGUUGAGCAGAUAUUAAGUAACACAAACAUGAACAUCCUAGUAAGUAGUGGUCUAUCUCUAAACUUUCACGGCAAGAGGGUGUACAAGAACUACGUUGGGCUUGACGCUUGCAUGGCCAACCUAAUGCGUCCCGGCAUGUACGGAGCUUAUCAUCACAUCACCUGCUUGCCUAUGUUAGGAGAGACAUAAUCAUUUGACUUUCUCCGUCUAACUCUCAGAUGAGACUUAGAACUUAGAUGAGCAUCAACGUCGGAGGUUGUAACUAGUCGUGGAAGUAAAAGCUGGUCGUGCCAUCUACGAGGGCAUUGGUCUUUAGUUGAUGUAGUAUUUAUGUAGUAUCUUUCCUUCCUCCUGUCGGGCCACCUCCGUUUUUGACACUCUGGUGCCAGUUACACUAAGACUAAGGAGAACAACCUCCAAAAACUACCUCUUUUUUAUAGUAUCAGGACUCCGCCUCUAAGACUAUCUGAGCCAAUUACACUGCCGAGAGUAGCGCCAUCGUCCAGUAGCUGCUCGUCGACCGCGGUGGGUGGUGACUCUUCUGCUUCCUGUUGUUCCAUAGAGGAUGUGGCUGGUGUUAGUACUACAAAUAUAACAUCUACGUGCACCAAAACCAACCAAGGACUCAAUUGGCAGACUGUGAAUAACGAGGAGGAGAUGAACAUGUGUGGAUGGACUGCUUCAGCAUCUUCUUAAGGCUCAAUAUAUUUCAUUUCAUCUCUCUGUGUUUCCUUCCUGGGAAUCUAGUACAGAAAUGAGUCUGCACUGUACCGCGGAAAAUAUGUAGGCAGGUUCUUCACGGAACUCGCUCGCGAUACCAAAAAAAAAAAAAGCGAGAUUAAUUGUAUUGUAUUGUAGCCAAAGAAAUGAAUUGUUUGGGCUCGUCUAAUCUUCCUCGUCCUCUGGUGGUAGUGGUGGUGCAUCAGCAUCGUCUUGCUCAGAAGGUUGUCUGGGUCCCGUAUUGGCUAAGAUAAGCGAGGCGCUUAACAAACCGAAAUUUUUGGAACAGUUGAUUCAGUUAAGACUUGAUGUUGGGAAUAUUAAAGAUGACAGAGAUGAUGAAGACACUGUAGGUAAUAAAAGCCAUCUACUUGUUUCUGUUUCUCGUAUUUCUUCCUGUUCCUCAACUCGUAUAACAUCGCUUUCCUUCAAGAUAUUUUCUUCGUUCUUGCUGGAGUCUCAGUUUGUUACUACAUCCAAGUAAGUUAGUAGGUGGUUUGAAAAGAAACCCGAAACCUUACAUACUGAGCUUCUAAUUCCCCCAGGAGCAAGAGCGAAAACUUCAACCACCGAAGGUUCUGCCAGCGACAAAACAAAUCUGUACGAUGUCACAGGAGGCCUCUGCGAAAACAACGACAAGUUUGCGAUAGACCGAUAUCUUCCAGUGGAACCUAAGGUGGGAGACCUGUUUCUAAUCCACGACGCUGGUGCACAUGGGCACUCUAUUAAGACAUAACAAGUAAGUAGAAGCUGAAGUAGAUCUAGAUGCUACUUCUAGAAAAUGAAGUGGGAUACUUCUGAUACUUCUAGCAGUGGGGUCCCUUUUCAUCUUAUUGUAAACUUCAAAGUGAAUAGUCGAGUCCUCCUUGUCUUCCAUCUUCAAAAUCAAUCCUGCUAGAGUUUGUGCUCGUGUUCCACAGGAAGAUGAGAUGAUGUUGCGCUCCUAUGCCCCUUGGUGUAGUGAGCAGAUGGAGUUACUCAGUAUGAAUAUCAAUAUGUUUAUUUAUUGUUACCUCUCAGGGAAAAGGAAAUCUUAUCGCCGAGUAGAUUCGCAUCGUCAUGCGUAUUACCUCUAGGCCCUUCGACCGUCAAGAGGUUAUCCUCGUCAUCCUGAAGGCUGUUCUAAUUUUCUGGGAUUCAACUACAACGGCAAGCUACGCAGUGCGGAGGUGCUGGUGAAGAAAGAAGGCCCUGUCCUGAUUCGCCGCGCCGAGACGCAUCAGGAUUUGUUUGCUUGCAUAGAAGGGUAUUACGGACGAGAAUAG